CGAGCCGGUCCAGCCAGCCAUACUACGCGUAGCCGCCAGCCUUAUGGGCCGCGAGACCUUAUCCUCUUGCCCCUAUAAAACCCGACGCGCCCGCGCUGCAAAUCCGGCGCUCCCUCCACGCAAACUCUGAAACCCGUGCGCCACUCGCCGCUCGGCCAUGGCACUGCACCGACGUGGCGGCGUCGUGUCGAUGCUGCCGCCGCUUCUUCUCCUGGUGCUCUCGAUGAUGAGCUGGUGCUGCGGCGGGGGCGCCGCGGCGCGGCCAGCACCUCCGUCGCCGUCCCCGGACCCUGUGCCGGGCUUCGUGAGGUCGUGGUGCGCGGGGACGGAGUACCCGGCGCUGUGCGACGCGACGCUGGCGCCGUACGCGGCGGCAGUCGGGUCCAGCCCGGCGCGCCUGUCGUGGGCGGCGCUGACGGCGGCGCGGGGCGGCGCGCGGGCGGCGACGGCCGCGGUGAAGGCGGUGGCGGCCGCGGGCCACCUGGCGCCCGCGGCCGCCGAGGCCGCACGGGACUGCGUCAGCAUGCUCGGGGGCGCCGAGGACCUGCUGCGGCAGUCCGCGGAGGCCAUGGCCCGGCUCGGGAAGGAGGAGCGGCGCCGGGGCGGGCAGGCCGCGAGCAGCCGCCGGGACGCGCGGUUCGAGGUGGGCAGCGUGCAGGCGUGGGCGAGCGCGGCGCUGACGGACGGCGACAUGUGCGUGGAGGGGUUCAGGGCGGAGGCCGCGGGCGGCGGCGGCGUGAGGGAGGCCGUGCGCGGGCACGUCGUCGGCGUCGUGCACCUCACGGCCAACGCGCUCGGCAUCGUCAACGCCAUGGCCAAGAAGAUGCCCUAACCAAAGGUGGUGUUGUUGGUUGUUGCCCUCGUGUAUAUAGGCAUGUACUGAUGUACAUGCCGUGUGCCUUGUGCAUACGUACGUAUAGUAUCGUAUUUUAUACGUUUCUCUGCGUCUGCGCUGUUCGCCGUCUGAGCGAGAAUGAUCAUAGCGGUCGUAGAGCUUGAUCGCAUCUGAUUCUUGUGACGUGUUGGUGGGUGGCAUUGGCAAUGGAAAACCCACGGACUGGCUGUCGUGUACCGCACCCGUGCCUGGACAGUGUUACAAGUUUCGUGUCUCGUCCAUGGAUUUUUAUGAUAUAUAUAGUACAUGCAUUGUUAUUCAGUUUUAUAAA